AUGGCGAUUAUCACCACCUCCGUUGGCAGGACGGCCUUGCUUGCCCUCCUGGCGUUUGGGAAGGUUGUGGCCAGCGGUCCUAUUCCUGCCAGUGUACGUGGCGAUGUGCUCAUUACUAUUCCUCACGGCAACCAUAUCGAACACCCCAAUGCCCAAAUGGAGUCGGGGGCCCCAGAUACCAGCAGAAUAUCUAGUGAAGUUGACAACACCAACCAAAGGCUACCACCGUUGCUCACAAAUAACGGCCUCCACUUCACCAAACACCCGAAGCCAAACACCCCCCACCACCAGCCGCCAAUAUUAUCAAAGACUACUGUUGAAGCUAGGCAGUUUAUAGAUGCAGUCCCCACCGUGAAAAAGGAACCACCGUCUGGCGCAAAAUCCACAAAACCUCCCCGGAGCAAAUCAGGAAAACGUCAACCUGAGCCAAAGCCUGAACCGCUAGAAAUAAUUCCAGAUAAACCCACUGCAGGGAACAGCGGUGCUCCUACCAGCGACUUGCUUGCGAUUGGCAAUCGCGUAAGGCCCGAUAUAACCAUAACGAAGGGGAGAGUCGCCUCGAAAGACAGAACCACUGAUAUUGGCAAAGAGCCCUCUGUCGACGCCUACGGGUCGAGGGAUAGAUUCUCUCAGCAGGCAAACACCGUGACAAGGCCGGAUCAGCCGGUCUCUUGA